AGAAAAACGGAUUUUAUAGUGCCCAACAUUGAAGUGAAUUUUUAUGGAUUUCUACUUGUACAAUAUUUUUCAUUCAAGUCGUAGCAUUGUUUUUUUUCCUUGGUGAGGCUGUUCUCGCAUACAUGGAGUUCCAUUUGGACAGUGCAGAAUAUUGCCAGGCCCAACACAAAUAAAUUAACAAUAAUUAUACGUCUUAAUUUAUAAACUAGGUAUUUCACGGCAUUCUAUUUAAGCUUACGACUGCUGAUUAGUUGAUAUACACAAUCAAAGAUUUAAGAUUACAGACAGACUAUUUUUGCGAAAGCAUAUCAGAAACUAUCUUCAAAAGGAAAGAAAAAUAAUAAAUACCCCACUUAAAUAGUAAAAAAGACUGAAUAAGAAACACCUGCUGCAAACGAUAUAUUAUUUUUUAGGUUUUCAAUUUAAUUUACCCAGGGGUUAAAUCAGUAAAACAUUUUUUAUUGAAUAUCUAUUUACUUUUGGAUAUGAACAAUACCACGAUGCGUCAAAAAGAUAUGAGACCAGCUCCUGCUGAGAUAGAACUGAAGGGAUACAAGUUCCUGAUCACCGAUAGACCUUCCGACCAAAAUAUUCUUUCUUAUAUUGAGGAACUGAAGAAACACAAUGUAAAAGCCGUCGUCAGAGUUUGCGAGCCAUCUUAUCAAACUGACGAGAUUAAAAAUGCAGGGAUUGAGGUAUUUGAUUUAGUCUAUGACGACGGUACCUUUCCUCCCAACGAGGUUGUUGAAGAAUGGUUCAAAAUACUUAAGAAGAAAUUUCAUGAUGACCCUGAUUCCUGUAUCGCAGUUCAUUGUGUUGCUGGAUUGGGUAGAGCUCCCGUCAUGGUGGCUUUAACACUUAUCGAACUUGGCUUGAAAUACGAAGAAGCCGUCGAGCUUAUUAGGACAAAACGUCGUGGAGCCAUAAAUGCCAAACAGCUUGCAUUUUUGGAAAGAUAUCGUCCAAAAUCACGUCUUAAAUUAAAGAAUGGCCACAAGAACUCGUGCUGCAUACAGUAAAUACCACAAAAAAAUUGUGUUCACCCUAGUACUAAAUCACAUCACUGGCUACUUGCUGUUUCUUUUAUUAGUUAAACAAAUUUUUCAUCUACCUAUUACACUUGCAAAGAACAAUUCAGUCAAGAUAUAUAUAGUCAUUCUCCCAACUUGGUCUUCGUUAUUAAUUUUAUAUUAACAUUAUAUAUAUAUAUAUAUAUACACACUGCAUAUUUAUAUUGUAAUUUUUGAUUGCUGAAUUGUUCUCUGUAAUAUUAGCCAAUUAUUAAU